GCGUAUAGUCAUUUUGUUCUAGUUGUUUGACAUUCUAUGAAUUUCUGUUGGACUUAUUCUUGAGUUGGUUGUUGAACUUGGCAGUAUGACAUUUUUGACGAAUCUCUGCCGGGAAGUCAAGCCAUUGUUUUGAUGGCCAUUGACAGGUUGACCAACAAUAAAAUGGCAUUGAAGAAGAUCUUUUUGCCUGAUGAUGAGAUACCUCGCAGUGCUAUCCGUGAAGCUUCAUUGCUGUUUGAUUUACAUCACCAAAAUAUCGUGAGGUUGGAGCGUGUUUUCGUCGAAAAGGGGUUUUUUUAUAUGGUUUUGGAGCACGUUGCUAUGGAUUUGAGGGUGCACAUGUCUUGGCAUGAUGAAAAAUAUCCAGCUGUUAUCAAAAAAUUUCUGAAGCAGAUUCUUUGUGGCAUAGCUUACUGCCACUCCAACGGAGUUCUGCACCGCGCUCUAAAGCCCGAUAAUCUCCUAAUUGAUACACGUUCAAAUACGCUGAAGAUUGCGGAUUUUGGACGUGCUAGGGGAUUUGUUUCCCCUGACCUGAUGCUUACUCCUAAGCUGGCAACCCUUAAUUACCGAGCACCAGAAAUUUUAAUGAGUUCCGAGCAUUACUCUGCUGCUGUUGAUAUGUGGUCUGUGGGAUGUAUAUUUGCUGAGAUGGUAAUGAAGGAGCCUUUGUUCAAUGGCCUGUCUGAAAUUGAUGUUCUGCGAGAAAUUUUCAGUUUGUUGGGCACUCCCAAUGUGGAUAGCUGGCCAGGAGUAACUUCCCUACCUGGUUUUCCUCAUGACAUGAUCCAGUCACCUCCUAUGGAUCUUGGUGCUGUUUUGAAAGACCUUGAACCUGCUGGACUUGAUCUACUUUCGGGACUUCUAUCCUUGGACCCAGAGAGGAGGACUACAGCAGAAGCUGCCCUAGGGCAUGAGUACUUGACGACAACUACGAUUGAUUUGGUGGAUGCUUUUGGCGCACUCAACUUUGCACUUGGAUAGAACUCUUUUGGAUGAAACUGUUUGGAUUGUUGGAUGAAACUCUUUUGGAUUAGCUAAUGGACUUUAUACUCAGGUUUUUUGCAAGUGAAUGCAGCAUGUAGUGGUGCUUUCUAGACCAUUUUGUUUCUUAUGACGGAUUGCAGCAUUAGUGUUAUUAGCAUUAGUAAUGUUAGUAACAAUUGUGGUGGUUGCAAUUAGUUUUUCUCUAUUUUGAAGAUAGCAUGCUCUGUUUUGUUAAAUGAAUGUAUCAAAGCAAGGAGAAUAACAUGUCAUGUUUGGAGCUACAACACAU